CUAACAACUGCACUGUACAACUUCAACGAACCAAGCCACUUAGUGGCAUCCUUCGUCCUUUAUAUCUUUUCUUUUUUCUUGCAAUGUCAUCCUCAUCUUUCUCGUCUCCCGAAAUAACGCCCGCAAUGGGACCAGAUAUUCAUCCGGAUUUCUCGUACAAGAACUCAACACACGACGAAGUCCUGGAGGACCUUUCAAGUCGCUUCAUUCUCAAUCUUCCAGAUGAGGAGCUUGCGUCACUAGAACGCAUAUCUUUCCAGGUAGAACAAGCUCACUGGUUCUACGAAGAUUUUAUACGAGAACAGAACUCGAAGCUACCUUCUCUGACGCUCAAGAAGUUUUCCGCUAUGCUCUUCAAAGCAUGCCCCCUUCUCCACCAAUGGAGUCACGACCAUGAACAAGCCUUCAACACAUUCAUGCAAUACAAGACGCGGGUACCUGUAUGUGGGGCUAUCAUGCUGAAUGAGACUUGGGAGAAGUGUGUAUUGGUAAAAGGCUGGAAGGCCUCGUCGGGAUGGGGUUUUCCUAAGGGAAAAAUCAAUGAAUCUGAACCUCAGACAACAUGCGCCAUUCGAGAGGUGCUGGAGGAGACUGGCUACAACUUAGCUAGUCAAGUAAAUUCUGACAACGUGAUCGAAAUGACGAUCAAGGAGCAAAAAAUUGCGAUGUAUAUUGUUCCAAAUGUUCCCGAAGACUAUCCCUUCAAGACGAAAACGCGGAAGGAGAUCAGUAGGAUCGAUUGGUUCAAACUUUCGGAUCUGCCAACAUGGAGGCGUAACAAUGCAUCUCCUGGGAAAUUCUAUCUAAUUUCACCUUUCAUUGGUCCGUUGAGGUCCUGGAUCGCUUCACACAAACCUCAGAGCUUAUCAAAGAAAACAAGAACGAAGACAGCGCCGUUUUGUCUCGGUUCACCCAUUCCAGAAGAGCACGAUGUCAAUCAAGAAUCCAGUUCUCAGUCGUCGUCUGCUGACAACGGCGAUCCCCAAACACCUUCACCUCAAUACACGCAAUCCUCAGUUCAUCCCGUAGUACAUGAUGAUCUAGCCCAGAGCACGGACACUUCGAUUAUGGAUCCCCAUUUUGCGCGAUUAUUGUCUUCGUUGACAGUGUCUGGAAUGGGCAAGGCUGGGUCCAAAGAAAUUCAGCUGACAGUCAGCUCUAAGGAGUCAGAUACUCCUACACCAGAAACAUUUCCGUCCAUUGGGCUGCGGCAAACCGACCAUGAACCGCCUAGUUUACAGCCGUCGGAUCCAUCCUCUUUACCAACCUCUAACAUGUCAUCACUGCAUACACUUUCUUCAAGCGGGCCUACUCCAUUAUCUACGCACGUUAACCCGAGCCCACCUUCCAGCGAGAACAGAGCGAUUCCGACAAACACCUCUGUCUCCGUCGAGCCAUCGCUAGGGUCUGCUGUUCGUGUUUCGAGAAGGUCUUCGAGCAUUACAGAUAUCUCCCCUUACCUCAAAAAACAUGGACCACCAUCAACAUCUGCUAGUCACUUGAAGCAAUUGGCGUUGUUGGAAAGUGUUGUUGGUGAAUCCACCAUUAUGGCACGCCAUCUAGAUCAGGCCGAGCAGGAUCUUCUGAAGUCUUCUCAGCGUUCUUACCCCCCUCACUCCCUUGCCCCAGGUUUCACGUUUCCCUCUGUCUCUGAUCGCACCGAGGUCAUUUACUCUUCUGGACCCGAUGGUCGACAGUCGGUCGCAGGAGUGCUACGACCACCGGCCUUCAUGCAACCUGCAUCCGAUGAUGAUCCGUUUAAAGUGCGGCCCAGGACAAGCCUAGCAGCUCAUCGUCCGAUGCCUGUACAGUCGGGAAGUCUAAAUCACGGUCAGAUGAUGACAAUGAUGAACGACCAACCGCAUCCCUCGAUGAUCUUCCCUCCUCCUGUAGCUCCAUAUUCAUCGCUUGCAUCACCUCUCCGAUCGCAACCUCCCAUUGCAUACGGCUCUGUAUCUCUUGGUCACCCGCCCAUAUAUGGUCCUAAUCCCUUAUCGAACUCUCAUCCAGUAUCAUCCGCUCCCGCUCUUUCUCCUAGGUUUCCAGUAACGCAAAGGCCCUACGUCUUGCAACCCACGUACCCACGCAAUCCUGGCGCCACAGCACUAUUAUCAAUACUCAACAAAGGCAGCGUGUCUAAUUCAAGUAACGCAUCAUAGAUGACAGUAUAGUAAUCCUACACAUUCUCUUGGUUACUCCGUACUCUCUUGCACAUCAUAACCAUUGUCCCUCCUCGCGCUAUAUAUCAUAUUCUGUGUCACUGUUAACGAUUUUUCCUGUCUCACUUUUCUUCAUGUUUUCGUGCAGCGUGUCUUGGCAUUGUAUCCGUCUCUAUAUCCAUCGCAUUCCUACAGUAUUCUGUCUUCUUAUCUCCGCCCUUAGUUGGGCAUUAGUUUACGUUGUUGUCAUCUACUGUUUUGCUCGGGUUUAGGAUCCCACUAGUCAGGGUCUUGGUGCAAUUGUAACAUUGAGUAGUGGAAUUUCAAACAUGUUCUUGCUG